AUGAGCUACAUCCGGCGAAUGACGCCGACAGAUCUGCUGUCGUUGAAUCUAACCAACCUAGACCCGUUGACGGAGAACUACGAUCUAGGUUUCUACCUCAAUUAUCUCAUGCGAUGGCCGUCUCUCUUCAGCGCCGUCCAAGACCGCAGUGAGGGGAUCGUGGGUUACAUUAUGGGAAAGCUGGAGGAACAGCAUCCCUCGAUGAGGAGUUCGGAACACUACACGCCCUGGCACGGUCAUAUCACGGUGCUCACCGUUGCGCCUGCCUCGCGCCGGCUCGGCCACGCCCGCCGUCUCACAGAGCGGUUGGAGCGCGGCUCGGACAUUAACGAUGCUUGGUUCGUUGAUUUGUACGUCCGGGCAGGGAAUAAGGUGGCCGUAGGGAUGUACAAGGGCAUGGGAUACUCUGUCUUCCGGCGCGUGGUGAACUACUACAGUGACGAUCCAUCGGGGCUCUCAGAAACAGGCGAGGAUGCCUUUGACAUGCGCAAACCGUGCAGUCGCGACAAGAGAUUACAACACGUCCGAGAAAAUGGUGAGGAUUUUCUGGUCAACCCGGAGGACGUCUCAUAG